UCUAAAAAAUAUUUAGAACACGUACAAAUAAAAAUAAGAAGAAAUUAGUCGAACGAAGUCGAAAGGGUUAUGUUUAUUUAAAAUUUAAACCAUCUGUUAUCUGUUUAGAUUUAGGAAAUUAAUCUAUAAAAUGAAGGUAAAACGUUAUAAAAAAGUCAAUAAACAUAUAAGGUUCUUUAUUAAUAAUUAUGGAUUUCGUCAACCCUUCCAAGUGUUGGUUGAUGGCACAUUUUGUUACUGUGCAUUAAAUAACAAAAUAAAUAUUGCUGACAAUAUUCCAAGAUAUCUUCAAGGAGAAGUUAAGUUACUGACUACUCAAUGUGCAAUCAUAGAAAUGGAAAACUUGGGUGCUAAGUUGAAUGGUGCCCUAAUUAUUCUGAAGCAGUAUGGUGUACACAAAUGUGGUCACGAAGGUAAUCCAAUUGCAGGAUCCAAAUGCUUUUUAAAAAUGCUAGGAAAAUCUAAUGAAAACCAUUAUAUUAUUGGAACACAAGAUAGGGAUUUGCAGGAAAAAGUCAGACAGAUUCCAGGCGUUCCGUUAUUAUAUUUACAUCUUAAAACUCCAGUGCUUGAAAAGCCUUCCGAAGUCUCUACCAAGGAAGCUGAAAACAAGUUAUCAACAUUGACAGAUUUUGAAAAGAAGGCAUUAGAGGAAAUUAAAAAGCAAAGUGGAAAUGAUAAAAGACCCAAGAAAAAGAAGAAAAAGGGGGUGAAUCCACUCUCUUGUAAAAAGAAAACCAAAAAGCCAAAUGUACAGACUCCAAUUGUAAAGAAAGAGGGCCAACCUGAGAAGGAAAAGAAAAAGCGGAAAAGAAUCAAAUUAGCCAAACAUGUAAAAGAAGUGUUAUUAGAAAAGAAAGUAAAUUAAAGGUAUCUUUUCUUCUUUUA